GCUAACUUCAAGUGAGAAAGAUACGAAAGUGUGUUAUUAAACAUCACUUAUUGACUUGUUGACGAUUGUCAUAAUUUCUGCCGUGAAUUAGUCUUCUGUAUAGUGUACUGGGAGGAAAUGUUUGCUGAAGUUGAUGUAUUUGUUGGGAACAACAUGCUUGUUGAUCCAGAAGUUUACCAGUUUUGGUUAAACGGAUAUACAGCUCAAGAAGCUGCAGCGGUUCUUCAGAACCAUGGUAUAUUGAAACAGUCUGGUCUUCCUCUUGACCUUCUAGUCAGUGAUGUCACCGACCAUUAUCGCACCUUUCAAAUGUUGGAGAGAUGGCUUUAUUAUCCAUCCCGCCUUACAGAACAGUGGAAUUUUCAGAUGGCUCCUCAGACUCAGAAGAUGUUGGUUGAAAAAUAUUAUGAAUUUGACACUGCAGUAAUUAGAGAGUUCCUGGGUAAGAAAUUAUCAUCACGUAACAGAAAAGAUCUAGAUGAUGUCAGUGAAAAGACAGGAGUGGACAUUAAAAGUUGCCGUAGACAGUUUGACAAUGUGAAGCGUGUCUACAAAGCUGUAGAGGAAACAACUGGAUUUUUGAUGCAGAACAUCCAAGCACAGUUUCAUUUACCUGAAAAACUGGCCAAGUAA